GGAGAAUUCUUGACAUCUUUAAUGUGCAAUUUAUUUUGAAAUCCCAGCGAAAAUAAAGUCAGUACUAUAUAAAAACCUUUUUGGGAAAAUGUGUUUUAGCCGAAAAUACACUGAAUUGCGAAACUUUCAAGUGAAAUUUUCUUAAUUACACCUAAAUACGCCAGUUUGCCUAUAUUAAACGGCUCCCUAUCUUUCCAAAAUCCUAAUGGUGAGGGUCGAGUAUGAAAGACAUGGUUUACUAGCGCUUCAGGUGACUAUUGUACAGGGCCAAUACACGAUGUAUGUACAAAAAAUGCGAGUAUCGAGCAUACCGUGACUGGGCGAGAUAGGAGUCAAUCUUCAUUUUUAGAUCGCAAUCACUUCGAUAAUCCAGUCUAUUCGUAUCAGAGUGGCGGCAAACGAGACAAUGAGCAUCUAUUGAACAAUUCAAAUAAAAUCUUCAAUAAUCUGCAUAAACCAACGAAUACAAACUUGGAAAGAGCUCGUUUGGGAAUCGCGUGUUGUUCCACUGAUGACGAUGAUAAUGCCAAGGGUGUAUAUGAACCAAGCGUAGAUGAACUGAAGAGUUUGAAAAACCGAGACGCAGAUGCGACAAAUCCGAAUAUUUAUCAUAGCAUAGAGAAAUUAGAUCACGUCUACGAUGAAAUCAAGCAGAAUGAUAUGAAGGAUUUAGAAAUGCAGUACGACCAUUUAGACUAUACAAGACCUCUUAGUACUCUGAAGCCUCACUAUCAACGAAUGGCUAGUCCCUUCGGUUCGAGAGAUCUAACCAAGGAAGAUAAAUCUGAGACUGACGAAUAGUUUGAAGGAUUUCAAAUGUGUAUAAUAUACUGCCCUAUUUUAUGAUUGUGUGUUUGUUGAUCAAACUUCAUACGGUUUUUGAAAUACAAAUAAUUUUUAGGAUGACUAAAUUGACGUUUUGACUGGAAAGUAGGCUUGGGUGUGAAGUUUUUUCGGGAGAUAAGUUUAGUGAGAGUACAUGUUUAUAAAAAUUCGGUACAAGUUGAAAUGAAAAUGUCUUGUACGAAGACCGCUUGCCCUAUUAUCGUACUUUAUGGAAGAAAACGCCGCUGACAAAUUUAUAACUGCUUUACACAAUCCAAUAAAUUGCAAUUUUGUGUGUCGUUUGUGUGCGAUAUUUUAUUAUGUCAUAUUUCGUCCCUUAUUACGAUUUAAUUUUUCAAUCAAUAUCUUGUUUCUUCUAGGUUAGGUUCUCUAUAUAUACAGGAUAUUUUUUUCCUGAUAUUGGUAUCACAGAAAGUUAUUAUAUGUGUUGGUAUGCUUGCCUUCAUAGAUUUGAUGGUCUAAUUUUGAUACCUGUUAUUUUGAAGAGAUUAAUCAAUUUUUCUGGUAAUUUAUUCAUGAAUUUAUUUGACUGUGUAAAACUGCUAUUGUGAAAGUAUGGAUAUGUCAAACUAUCGGAGGUUGUCACUAUACAUAACCCUCACUUGCUUAUGUCGGGUUGUCAGUUGCAUUCCCCCCAUAUAAAACUGAGAUACUAGCAGUUUAGCGUCCAUUGUACAGGGUGUCCCGCUAUAAAUUGACCCACCCUAACUUCUUUCUAUAAUCGUUAAAAAAACUAGCAUACAGUUUCACGCGCAGUAUCUUUUUUAUAUAGAGAAAAGUGCUAUCGAUUAUAGUUGUAACUUUACAAUUAGAACACCCUGUAUAAUUUUAAUAAAAACGAUAGUAACUUUUUUCUGAUUCCAAAUAUAUAUGGUUUGUCAAACCUAUUUUCAUUAAUUUGGUCAAAAACUCAAAAACAAUAGGCGAAACUACAUAUGAAAAUUUCCCCUAAACGUGUCCAAAUCUGGAACGAUCCAAGUUAAGGUACAUUGGUUCAAGUCACCUUAUUCAAAUGUUUAGAUAAGUCGCGACUAAGGGUCCUUAACCUCAAAAAUGUUUUUUCUUAAAUAAUUUUUUACGGACUCAAUUUUCCUCAACAUUUUUUGAAAAACGAGCGAUGCUACAUUGUUAUGUUGUAGAUAACCGCGAUUUCUUAUAGAUUCGUGGGACGAUGAGUUUUUGAUUUUUUUUAUGUAAUGUAAAUUUUGAAACUUAUAAAAACUUUCUUGCUUUUUUCAAUUUCACCGAUUUUCCCCAAUUUUAACAUUUAAAUAGGAGGAUAUCAUCAGUUGAUUAACUUAAAAAAUCACUGUAGAGUGUCAGUCGGCUGGCACGUGUUGGAUAAUGUGGAGGUUAUCAGGAAAAAUGAAAUUUCGAAGGAUUUUUCAGUAGCUGAUAGAUUUUCAAGUUCCUCCAAAUCAAUCAGUGGUUAAAUAAUAAAAAAAAAACAUAGCUGAUCGAACCUCAUCAGUCCAGUUUUUUGUUCAUUGAGUAUGUAUUCCCUUCUUCUGUCAUUUAAGAACAAUUUCAGCAACAAUCUCGCCGACUUAGUAAGUAAUUAUAUUUUUUCCUCCUAAUUGCUUAUUGUUGCUAUUUUUCAAAAAUUGUUUUUUAGCUCCAGACGAUGAUGGCAUAGACCAUCGAAGGCUCGAGUUCAAGUUAUAAGAGUGUACUUAUGCAAAACUUUGCCUUCUACCCAAAGACAUUCAAGGAUAUAUAUAUAUAUGUAUUUUAAAAAAUACAACUGUAUUCAGUCUAUAGCACUUUAGCUUAAAAACAUUUAAAUAUUAGACCCUAUAACUUCUCUAAAUAACUUUUAUAAAAAAGUUAAGAGGGGAGUCAAUUUAUAGCGUACAAGUGCAAUAUUCUAUCUUUCGAAAACAAGUAUAUUUUUUUAUUGAACUCUAUAUGAACUAUUAUUUUCAUUCAACCAUUUUCGAUAUAUAAGAUAUACAGGGUGUUCCCUAAUGAUGUGCUAAUACUUCAUGAUAUGAUUACUCAAAUAAUCUUUGAUGAAAAGUUUAUAUGAACGCAAGGGCUUAUAUUUUUAGCUACAGGGUGUUGAAUUAAAAAAAAUGUUUUUAGUUUAUAUCUUCGGAAGUACUUUAUAUGUUAUUUAGAUUUUUCGAAAGUUAUAAGAAGAUACAAAGUGUGAACAAUUAUUUGAUCGCACAACCAGUGUCGUCCCUGUAAACGUGUCUUGUGUUAUCUGUUAUAAAAAAAAUUGUACUAAUAUUAGCUUGAACGUGUCUGCAUGAAAAUCUUCUCACACUAUUCUUAAAAUGGCAAAAUGGAUACUGCCAACCAGAAAAAAAUAUCACUAGACAUGUCUGUUCUCCAAAAAAUUAACUAAGGAAUCAUAUCCUGGAAAAUAAUAAUAAGCACGUUAUUAAGGAACACCCAAUAUACAAAUUUUGGGCGUUGUUUUCACUCGUUUAUAGAAUAUUCACUUUGCAAAACAGGCGAAAAUAAAAAUACCUUCUAUAUAUUGGAAGUAUAACAAGAACCCAACUAUGUAAUUCAAACAGUGUAAAUUUCUAACUGAGGCAUGUAAUUUGACUUAGAAUUGAUAUAGGUUGAUAAUAUUUACUAUUUUUAAUCAUAUGAUCUUUGAAUUCCAUUCAUGUUAUAUGUCUUUCUUCAAAAAAAGAUCUGAAACGAGUAAAUUUUAACUUCCUACAAUUUUAGACAAUUGCUCAAUAAAAGUAAUUUUACUAUAUGUAAAGUUUUAUAGCUCUUUUCACAGUUUUUGGCGGUUACGCCAUCAGUUCCUUACGAAAUAAGCGAAUCGACUAACUGGAGCAUCUACAGUGCUGAAGUUCUAUAGGAAAAUUGGCAAACCGACCAUUAACUCAGCGACUCUUGCACUCAUGAAUUGAUUAAUAAAGGACCAUUGCUUUCAUUCACUUUCUCAAAACUUUCCAAUAUCUUUGGUAAUAAACUAUUGGUAUUGUACGUUAGUUGCAUUUCCAGAUAUUGCUGUGUUCUCACACGGAUGGUGACAAUCAUACACUAGAAAUACUCGUACAUCAGCGAGAACAAUUUCAAGGUGGCGAGAUGAAGCUAAAGAACGUAUGUAGAGUGCUUACACAAACAACCGUUCGCGUGCAGAGGCAGAUUGCAUAAUAUGUAUAGUUUAUUCACCGAAAAAAAGCAGUUACGUCACAACGUCAAAUAAUGACAGUGACGCACAUGGUUGCUACAUUAAUUGAAACUACUAGAUCCUAGGACGUUUUACAAAAUCUUCUUUGUCUUCGAUGCCUGACCGCAACCAACAUUACGGAGCGUAUGUUUUGUAAACGCUAGAGGUAGUAUGAAUUCUAUUUACUACCUAAUACCUCUCUUACUGACUGUAAAGGCAAUAAUGGAGCUCCUUGAUCUCGUUCGGUCUCAAAAUAUUUCGUUAAAGAAAUAACGAAGUUUUUUGCUUGCAGGUCCAGAGGUUUCGGUAUUUUAGGGAAAUGCUUAGGACUCCUCAAAGUUUUGAAAAAAACUGUUUUUAUAAAAUAACUGCAAAUAUUGCCGCAAGAAGAACCAAAAUGAACACUAAUAAACAACAACCGUUGGCGUAAUUAUAUGGCGAGCUUUGCGACAAUUUCACAUUACAGAAAACUGUCACCAACAUAAAUGUACCCGGGAAAAUCAAACUAUACGUACCAAUUUAGGAUCUAUUUUGCAUUAAGGUUGGCACUCAAACUUACUAAAUAUGAUGUAACUGCUUUGUUUCAGUGAAUAAACUAUAUGUCUGAGGGAUGUGGAUAUAUGUGACGCUUCUAGUUUUAGUGUGACCUGACCGUAAAAUGAACUAUAUAUGCUUAUAAGUUUCAAAAGUACAUACGUAUCUAUGACAGAUCAUGUAAUUUGUGUAAAUGUACAUACUGAAAGCAUUUUAUUUGUAUUAUGUAUUAUUCUUAAUUAUAUAUAAUUUUAGGAACCGAGAAACGUUGAAUAUACAUAACUGUUACAUUGUUUAUACAAAAUCUAAAUGACUUGUUCGUAUGUCUUUUUUUCAACGAAUCAUCUGGCGAUGACACUCAUAAGAAAAGUGAAAAUAAUUUUCAGCUUUUUACUAGAACAUGCAUGAGUACUCAAUAUAGAUGUCAACACCCAGCCUCCUUAUCGUAAUUUUUUUAUACUUGAAUAUGGAUGAUUUAUCAGAAUAUUUUUGUAGUAGAUACUUACUUACUUAUAAAAAAUGGUAUUACUGAUAUACAGCCAACCGCUUCCAAAGUCACGAAAAUUAUGUUAAAGGUAUUCCAAUUCUAAAAAUCCUGAUUAGUUAUAUAUACAAGUCUUAUCACUCCAAGUGUAAUUUUAUACAGACAAUUAGUUUGGAUAGUG